AUGGCAGGCAAUACAGAUGAGCGUUGUCUUGACCCAAAUGUCAACUGUGUGAUUACAAGAAUUUCCUGUGAUCUUCUCGGCAUCAGCAAUAUCGACUUAUCUGCUAUCUCAUUGGCCGAGCACAUUGUAAUGAAGCAGUUUGUAGCAAGUCGUGACGCGUUUUUCCAUUGUUUUUAAGGCACGCGAAUCGCUGAAGGGAACUAUCCGGUUAGCUCGCAACUGGUCGACAAAAGGUGCAAGGAAACACUUAGCCAUUUCCGAUCUAGAGAACGUUAUCAGGAUAAUGCUAAAUACAGGGAACCUGGAUGUCUCUUCAGUCGAUUCCUUGAAUUAUGGAAUAGAUCAGCUUAUGCCCGUUAAUGGAUCGUCGAGUCUUUUUUUAUUUCCAAACGGAGAUAUCGACGUGGAUAGAGAAGACGCAGAGACUUACAGCUUGAUUCCAAGAGAUCUAAAAUUACUAUGUAACAAGCCCAGUGUAUAGUUCAAAGCUAAUAUUUGACGGGUGUUGUAGCGUAUAUGCUCGUCGUCAAUGGACAUCCUGCUACAUCAGAUUUUUCAUUAAAUAUAGAUGAUGAUGAAAAUGGUCUGUUCGAAAGACAUUGUUGUGUAACAGAAAUCGGCCUAAGGACUAAAUGUGCAGAAGUGUAAGCUUUCAGUUUUGACCAGUAAUCGGAAACUUUAAGCCUAUAAAUUCUAGCGCUCCAAUUCCCAUUCAACAAUCGUGUUUGACACUGUUCCAGGAUGCUGCGAAAUUUGCAAAAUGCGAUCAAAAAGUCGGCCUAAAACCAACUGCUUCUGAGACACUAACUCUCGAGCAACAAAUUUUCAUGAAAGAAAUAAUAACUGUAUGCAUGGGACAAGAUGACAAGAAGCGACACGAAGCUCUGCACACUCUAGAAACAGACUCGGGGCUCCAGGUUAGCAAUCUUACUUUACUCUAUACACAGCCUCCUGCGACAGACAGUGUCAGCGGAACGCAUUUGCAGUUAUUGCCAAAAUUCGGGCGAACGAGCCUGCACGGACUGGGUCGCGACCGGUCGAGGAUAAAACUGGCGACAUUUUCUUUAGAGGAGAGCGGAAGAGCGCGAUUGCCAGACUUUUGCUGCGAAAUGCGUCCGAAAUUCACUUUUUGUCAGAAAUCGUGAUCUAAGUUAUUCGCAUCACGACUCGCAUCACAGGUGCGAAACUUGACCGCGCGUCGCUAGAUUGAAACUUUUGCUUCGUGCGAGUGUCUCCGUCGAGAAAGUCGCACACCACGGCACAAUACCGCGCGACAUCGGCCAUAAAAAUUGCUGGCGCAAGAGACUGUUUGCAUGUAAGUAUCAAGCUUUUUAAAGGUACUGUUACCACACCUGACUCAGCGAGUGUGCAAAUCGAUCUCUGCAAAUAUUUCUCAGAGAUGUCUUUCUCUUAUUAUCUAUGCGGGUAGAGUACUCCGGUCAAUCAGUCACAAUAAGGCUUGUGAUAUGACAGUAACGGUAUUGUUUUGUACAAUCAUGCGAAUGAGUUCGUUAUUCAAUUUUUCAGCUUCAUGAUGUGUUGCCCGCAUUGCUAAGCUGCUGUGUAGGACGAAAUAUAUGCAUGAAACCGGAAACUGAUAACCAUUGGGCACUGCGAGAUUUUUCUGCGAAAACACUGGUUGGAAUAAUUAGGUGAGCAGUAUUUGUUUGUAUCCUACAUUCUUAGUCUUCCAGAGAGCAAGUCGAUAGAAAAGAUGGAGGCUAUACUUGCCGCAGAUUGUUCAAUUUUGCAUUUAAAGUUUUAAAAAACUCGGCAUCGUCAUUGUCCAUGAUCUACGGGACUAUUUAUAUCCUCCAAGAGUUUGUUGAAGCAGAGAAAGUGCAAUGGCUUCUAAAUGAAUUUUCGGAAGUUCGUAAUCGAUGUAAAACGCAAAUAGAGUCGAAUAGGCACGGUUCACGAAACCAAGACGCCGCCAAGCUGAAUCACCUGAUACUAGUCAGUUUACAAUGUUACAAAAAUUUAGUACGAAUCGAACCUAGCAUUUUCAGAAAUGUGAAAGCAUUCUCAGGAACCGAAUGAGCAGCGCUUAUCGAGUAUGA